AGAGACAGCCAAGGUGGGAUCCUGAGGACAUGUUCACCAGAGCAGUCAGCAGACUGGGCAGAAAGAGACCAACCUCAGAAAUCCACACCAACCAUGGAGCCAUCAGCAGUCAAGAAAACGAGCAAAGAGGAAGCCAGAAUUGGGCCACGUCUCUGGACAACUUACUGGAGGAUCCUCAGGGGGUGAUAGAGUUCACAGAUUUCUUGAAAAAGGAAUUUAGCGAAGAGAAUGUAUUGUUCUGGCUGGCGUGCAAAGACUUUAAAAAGAGCAAAGAUAAGAAAGAAAUGCAGAAAAAAGCCAGAGAAAUCUACACAACGUUUCUGUCCAGUAAGGCGACGUCUCAGGUGAAUGUAGAGGGUCAGUCCAGGAUCAGUGAGAUGAUGUUAGAAAAUCCUCAUCCGUUAAUGUUUCAGAAGCUGCAGGAACAGAUCUUCAACCUCAUGAAAUAUGAUAGCUACAGCCGGUUCUUGAAAUCCGAGGCUUUUCUGAAAAACAAAGCAUCUGAAGAUAAUGAACAUGCAGGUUCCAGUGCGGGCGAAUCGGCUCCAAAACGUGCCUCUAGAAUCUACAACACGUGAUGUGGCCUCCAUCUUCUUCUUCAAUUGAAUCACGUGGACAGAUUUGUUUAUUAUUCAAGAAUCUCCAAACUGAGAACUAUUUUCCAAUCAGUGGAGCUUCACUGCACCAGGAAAGGCAUAGGGGCCGAUCAUUAGUGUCGCCAGCAGUUUGCGCACAGGAAUAAUAUUUCGCUUUCGUUUUCUGCAACCUUCUAAGUAAUGCCAGAAGUGAAAUGAAAAGCCUUUUGGAAUCUUUUCGUAGUUGCCUUGUUUUGAGUAGCCCAGCUCUGUUGCUUUUAUAAUUAAAAAUGAUAUAACAAUUGGCUGAAUGAACAGAAUUGUGCUGAUAACCGCCACAGGGCGAGCCAUUAACCUAU